AUGUUGGACGACACGAACAAGGCGCGUCGCCGGCUAUCGAGCCUGUUCUCUGCGGGGUCCUCGGAGUCGCAAGAGAGUAAACCUGCGAACACCAACCACACCACACCUUCAGAGCCCAGAGGCCGUUUGACCAAGGUCAAGAACCGCAUCUCUUCCGCAACGCAUUUGGCACCCGAAUAUCCUCCGCCUCCAUCACCACCCAAAGCUGCGCGGUCCCUCUCCAACCCCACCAUACAGCCUGUAGUGGCUGUCGAGCCUGCAGCUACGCUUGAAUCCCUCGAGCCCCCGCCAACCCUCGAGGUCCCUUCUCGUGGAACGUCGCCCUUUCGUAAUGGUAGUCGGCCGUCUACACCCAAUUUGGAUGUACCAUCCGAGGGAAACCUGAAGAAGUUGAGGCGGAAGAGCCGACUGUUCGGAGGCAGCCAGAGCAGUAUUGGUCCAGCACAACAUGACCAGAGCAAACCCCUUGCGUGGAUCGUUGGACACCAGGGGAAGGUGCCGUACAACUUGACCAUGUUGCUGAAUGGCGAGAAGGUCCCAGAACUCUGGGACGACGAGGGAGACACCUUGGUCUACCUCUUUCCUCGAACGUCAAACAAGGGCCCUUCCUUCCGCAUCGAUUCUUCCGUAUACGCAGCUUCGCAGCUCCUUACCCAGCUCGUCCACGGUAGCCUGUACAGCGACACGGCUGCCGCUACUCCUAGUGAGCUAGCGGAGCGGGCGUCACGUCGAGUCUCAUCUGAAGUAUAUGGACAGUCUCGAACGGCAUCUCCUGAUCAGAGCCAGAUUGGAAGUUCUGAUGGAUCUAAAGGCUCAAGAGCGCUUAGCGACGCUGUCGAGGACGACCAUACUGAAAAGCACCUCUAUAUGCCUAUUGCACUGAGCUCAGAUGCCUCCGUCACCCCGCAAGAGCCUCGACUCGACUUCAAGGAUACAGAAACGCUGGUGGCCUAUCGCAACUUCUUCGCAUUUCUAAUUGGACAGUCGUUGAUAGCCACAGAGCGACACUCGGACAUAUUCGACAUCUUCUUGCGUAUAGGAGACAUACUAUCGCACUAUGCCUUCUCCAAUGUAGAUGGAUCUAGCUUUGGCGAAGUAGCUGCUUCGAGCUUCGACUGCUACGUCGACGAGUUGGCCCUCGCAGAUGUCAGACAUAGCCGCGAAAAGACAAUCGAAGCUAUCGUGCUCGGCGAGAACAUGCGCUCAAUAUCACUCUAUACCGAAGGUUUCGUGCACGCUGCUGGAAAGUUCGACAGCAUCAAGGAAAUAAACUCUCCAAAGUUCGACAUGAUGAGCCACAAAACUGCGACCCGACUCGCGCGAGCUGCCAUGGACCUGGACAAUCGAGAAGCUACUAUUAAUGGGAAGCUCAAGGAUUGCGAGUUUCCAAACAUCUUCUCCGGCAUAAUGAAUAGCGCCAUGGCCACUGAGGGCAAGGUCGUCAGUUUCAAAAAAUGGAGGGCGGCCUUCAUGACAACUCGAUCUUUUAUGAUUGAUUAUUACAAGACAAAAUAUGGGUCAUGGCUACCCAAAGCCAGGUCGAAGAAGAACAAUCUGACAACAAGUGGACUCAAUCGACUCGUUCUUUUGGACAUCUAUCGCGACAUGUCCAACCUCUACGACCUUCUCGUCGACCGGAAGAACCUGACAAAUCGGACAGCGGACGGCUUCUUGGCAGAAGAUGAAGGAGAAGAUAUUGAGUCUGUCGUACAGCGAGCCUUGAGAAAGGUCCUGAGCGAAUAUGACCGUAGCACACCGCCUGUACAGCCGCCCGUACCCUUUGAUCUACCGCUGUAUCCCGCAUGGCCACGCCCAUUAUCCGGGGAUGCGAAGAAAGAUGCUAAAACGCGGAGCAAAAAGCUACACAAAGACGAGGUUGCAAAGCUACUCAAGCAAUCGCAUAACAUUGACGCUGAACAGCAAACGCCGUUCUUAGAAGCUUUCCGGCACUUCGAGUUCAAACAUGCUACAGGCUCUAACCUGGACGACAUUUGGGACUUGCGGUCGGGACAGUGGUUGUUUCUCUACGCCGUCUUACAAUCGUUACCCAUGCUGGUCGUCGACGCUCCAGAUGUCCAUUUCACCGAAGGCGUGGAAUACUUUUUAUGCGAAGUGCCUCGAAGCGAUGUUCCUUGGGGACGUGAGGACACAGCACGCGCACGAACUUGGUUCGGCGUUGCAGGAGGCGGGCAAGUUGUCAGUCUACCUACUGACGUGGUUCUAAACGGUGUCGAAGGCAUUUUUAGACGAUCUCAUUGCUGGAAGAAGGCACAGCAAUGGGUGGCGAAUGACACGACUCUGACAGCGGCUAUGCAAGAGCUGAAUGCGAACGCUAUACAAUUACCUGCCGCACCACACUUGCUCGACCCUUCAACAGCCGGAACCCAAUCACGAUCUAGCAGUCCAGAUCGCCGGCGCGAGAGUGUCAUGAACCUAGGAUUAGAAGCUCUACCUCUACCUCCCGGUGUCGCACCACCUUCAGCCAACUCACCUCUGUUGAAACCUGUCACGAGUAAUGCAAGCAAAACCUUUGACGCCAUACUUGCAAAGAGCGCUCCGAACCCAAAAGACAAGAAAAAGAAGAAAUAG